AUGCCUGACUCUGCAGGAAAACCAUCUAAUAUCGAGACUCGCCUCUUCAUCAACGGUGACUUUGUGCCAUCAAUCUCUGGCCAAACAUUCGACGUUAUCAACCCCGCCACAGAGCAACUUGCAGCCUCUGUGUAUGAGGCUUCGCCGGAGGACGUUGAUCGGGCUGUCAAAGCUGCAAAAGAUGCAUUCCCAGCCUGGGCUGCCCUCGAUGCCAGUAAAAGAGGCGAUUUCAUCCUGAAAUUGGCAGAAGCAAUCGAACAGAAUCUUGAAGAGAUUGGCUACCUGGAAGCUGUGACAAUGGGAAAGCCUUACCUCAAACCGCCUUAUAACUGGGUCGGCCAUCAUACUGUUGAAGGCCUAAAAUUUUUCGCUUCUUUAGCCACAGCAGUUGCCGGCGAGACCUCUCUCAACACAAACGGCUUCGUCAACUUGUCAUUCAGACAGCCGUACGGUGUUACAGCGGCGAUUAUCCCGUGGAAUGGACCUUCCUUCAUGCUUUGCAAUAAAAUUGGGCCGAGUUUAGUAGCUGGAAACACAAUGGUGCUAAAAACAUCCGAGAAGUCGCCGCUAUCAGCACUUACAAUCGCCAGGCUGUGCCAGGAAAUUGGCCUACCAAAAGGAGUACUAAAUAUUCUAAGCGGUUUCGGUCGUCCGUGCGGUGAGGCUUUAGCUAAGCACAUGGACGUCCGUAAGAUCUCCUUUACAGGCUCUGUUCCAACGGGUAAAGCGAUUAAGAAGGCCGCGGCAGAGUCUAACCUCAAAAAUGUGACAUUAGAGCUAGGAGGGAAGAGCCCACUCGUGAUCUUUGACGAUGCGGAUCUAGAGCAGGCAAUCCCAGCCGCCGCCGUGUCAGCGGUGGUGAAUUCAGGACAGGGAUGUAUCCUAUCCACCAGAUUAUACGUUCACGAAAAAAUCUUCGACAGGUUCCUGGAUGGACUGAAGGUGGCGAUGACAAAGAUUGGUGGCGAGGUUAAUGAUCCAACGAUGGAAGCAACAAGCAGAGGGCCACAAGCGGAUAAGAUACAAUUUGAUCGCAUUAUGGGCUACUUACAGUAUGCCAAAGACCAAAAGCUCGAUAUCGUACUAGGUGGUGGUCGAGCAAGAGAGCCCGGAUACUUUAUCGAUCCGACAAUCAUCGUCAAUGCGCCAGAAUAUUCACGAGUUAUGAAGGAAGAGAUUUUCGGGCCUGUAGUAUGCGUGAAUAGCUUCAAGGACGAGGAGGAUGUCAUUCGGCGAUCCAACGACAGCAUUUUUGGACUGUAUGCCAGCAUUUUCACGCGAGAUAUCUCUCGUGCACUACGGAUCGCAAUGCAGUUUGAAGCCGGUAGUGUUGCCAUCAAUGCUACCUCACCACUCACAGCAUUUGAUAUGCCCAUGGGAGGUUGGAAGCAGAGUGGCGACGGCAGAGAAUUCUCCCGCCGUGCCUGGGAGUCGUGGAUGGAACAGAAGACUGUUUACAUUAAGCUGUGA